CGCGAGCUCCGCGAUUCAGUCAGCGCGGAGCAGCACGAGGAGACGUGGGUGCGUGGAUCGGUCCGUUCAGUAGUUCGUCUGUUCGCCGUCACCGAGGAGAUCCACGCUCAUCUAUGGAAGAGACUCAGCGCGGGUUUAUUCAUUUAAAAUCUUCCCUUGGAGCAACAAGGCAGCUUCUUGUCAGGUUCCAGCUGCUUGAAGUAUCACAGGACGGGGCGCUUCACCUGAAGCUUACGAGGACGUCGUUUGCGUGAAACGGUGCCCAGAUAAAAACACUGGAUCCGACUACGCUUGGUCUAUCAAAGACGGGUAGAUGAUUGGAAAACGCUUCAAAGAGGACCAGCUCAACUCGAGCAGUUACACCUCCCCCAAAGCUUCGUCCAAACCCAACCUGAAGGGUGCCAUGGCCCUUGGCAGUUUGAACCUCAUGCAGACCCUGAAGAACUCCCCCGCCGCCUUCCGGCGGCGCUUCUGCCGGGACCGAACUGAGUCACUCUCCCACGGCGACCCUCUGUUCAAAGUCCACUACCUGGGCACAACAAAGAUCUUCUCCCUUGACCGAGAGCAGGCCCAGGAGGCCAUCUCGCACCUGAUGGAAGGAAUUGCGAACGGGAAGAAGCUGAGCAAAGAUCACGCUCUGGUCGUGCGGCCAAGAUACGUAGAGGUCAAGGAGCUGAGCACGGGGCGCCAGCUGACCAAGACGUACCUGCAGGACAUUGCCUACUGCGCCGCGGACGCCAGGAGGCCCAACGUCUUCCUGUACAUCUGCAAGCACCAGGGGCAGCAGCUGCAGUGUCGGGUGUUUUGGUGCAGUCGAGCGGAGCGGGCGCGCGACAUGACGGCCUGCCUGGCGCGCUCCUUCCAGCGGGCGCUGAACGACUGGCAGGACGGCUCGGCGUCUCUGUCGUUGGGAGAGGUGAAGGGCAAAUGUUUGGAGGAAUCUUCCAACACUCCAUCCAAGACGAGGAGCUCAACGCUGCCAGCUGGUCUGGGAAAAGUUCACUGGAAGAGAAGGGGCUCUGCAUCCCGAAGCCCCCUCAAAGGCAUCGCUAGAAGAGGAUCGGCCUCCGACAGCUGGAGCUGAACCUCUGCUACGAAGGUUCUGUGUUAACCUGAUGACAACUUUAAGGGUGGAAGCAUUGCAAGAUUGAAGCAAGUUUAGGAGGGACUGACUUACAAGGCUCUAGGAAAGGCGAAGGGGAUCAAGCUUCCAACCUGAUCCGUAUUUGGUCACAUAAUGACUGCUUGUAAGGAUGUUAUCAUAACUGACGAGUGUUUGAAGUGAAGUGUUAUUGACAUAAGAUGAAAAUGAGUGAGGGCUUGCAACAGGCUGCAUGAGGACUACACUGGGUCAAACCUUUGAGCUGCCAGAAUGUGUGAUGUUGAAAGCGAGGUAGCUGCUGGCUGAAUGAUCCAGCUGCAAACCUGGAGGGGUUUGUUGGGCUGUUUCAAGGUUUAUUUAACAGGCCAUUGUGACAGGUUAUGAUUUUUCUUUGCUUUAUAUCCAUGGUGGCAUUUACAAGUUUGCCUCUCUAUCAAAGAGAUAUGCUGGCACAUCAAAAGUGAAGGAAAUGGUCAUAAAGGUCGUUCUAGUUACUAGUUCUAGUUACACUUCCUACCUUCCCAAGUGUUAUCAGCUCAUUAUGAGGACUUUAGCUUCUAUGAACUGCAAGGCAGGUCUGGUAACUGUGCCACCACUAAGUCAUUGUAAAUCAUGUACUUCAUCAGUUACAAACUGCACACAAACAACUGGUAAACUGUCCGGUCAUAAAUAAUUUGCCUGUGAAGCUCCCACAGCAGUAGCUUGGCAUCCUAACAUUGGAGGACAUUGUGUUCCCGUGUGGCGCCUCGGUGAGGAAUGCACCUGCAUUCCAAGCUGAGGGAAAUCUGAGAUCAGGAAUCUUCUCAAAGGCCUCAGAUUCUUCAUGACUUUGCAUGUCCAGCAGAUGCUUUGUAGAACCUGCUCCUCUCGAUGAUUUAUGUGUUAGGUUUACAAAUGAGACAUGAGGAGAAAUGGCACCCCAGUAGCCUAACAUCUUCUCAUUUUUAUGAUUUCUAAUUCAGAAACCCUCUUUUUGAGGUUGUUUUUUUUUUGACUGAUGUGCCACCGUUUUAAGUGAAUUUUAAGGUUUUAUAUUUAGUGAAUCCUACAAAAGGCACAGCUGAAAUCUGAAGAGAUGUAUCUCUGCCUGCUUUAAGCUGUAUUUUUUUUUCUUCAGUGUACUGUUUUUGUUGCUGUACAUCUAAAAAAUGUGUAUUUUAUUGAAUAUUAAAAGUUUUUAUACCGAGUCUGUCCAUGCAUGCAUCUUUAAGUUUCAGUACAACAAAUCUUAAACCAGAUUCGACCCUGACUAAUGUUUGUUUCCAAACAUAAGUUUUAAAGAGAUAUAUUUAGCUUAAAGCAAACAAACUUUGUCUUAAGCUGUGUGUUUAUGAGGAAGAUUGAAGAGUUUUAAGGGGUGGCAGGGCAGGUCUAUGAGAAGGCUCCUGGGAUUUGUAAUCUGCCAUGGGAGUCAUUUCCCAGCGUGGUUUUCUCAAUAUUUCAACAAGUGUCUUUCACACGUGUUCCUUCCCACUGCAGAAACAACUGUAGUCCGGAUGAAAUGCAAACGCUUGACUGGGAAUACCCCCACCAAAAGAUACUGAGAAAAUAACUAGCAAAAACCCAAAUUAAGAUGGUUUUUACUUGGAUCAAACUACAAACGAGCUGGGAUAAGAUAACCUUGAAUAAAAUGUUUCAAAGGACGUGGUUCAGGCAAAACAAAAUGGAUCUAAUUUUCAAACAUUUUAUAGAUCAUUUAUUUAAACAAAAGUAAGUAAAAGUACAGAAUAAACUCCCAUUGAAUUCAGUUCUAGCUGCUUAUUGUGCAAAACUGGUUUGCUCAUAAAGUAACACAAAUGGAACCAACUGUUAGCUGGUUAGUCAGGCUAUCAGCUCGGGUAGCUAGCCUGCAGACAGGCUAGCUGCAUUAGACCUAUGUUUGACAGAAAACUCCUGUUAUUCCUGCACUUCCUCUGUAUCUUUAACAUCUUUAAACCCUACAAACUGUAUGAUGGAAUAUUUUAGCAGUUUUGAAACUAACUUUUUAAAACUUCAGGAUAGCUUGAUACAGGAAGAUGCAAACUAUAUAAAAAAAACUAGGGAUAAAAAAAACA